AUGCAGAUAUUCGUGAAGACUCUUACUGGCAAGACCAUCACUCUUGAGGUCGAGUCCAGCGACACCAUCGACAAUGUCAAGUCCAAGAUUCAGGACAAGGAGGGCAUUCCCCCGGAUCAGCAACGUCUCAUUUUCGCCGGCAAACAACUUGAAGACGGCCGUACCUUGAGCGACUACAACAUCCAGAAGGAGUCUACUCUUCACUUGGUCCUUCGUCUCCGCGGAGGCAUGCAGAUAUUCGUCAAGACACUUACUGGCAAGACGAUCACGCUCGAGGUUGAAUCGAGUGAUACCAUCGACAACGUCAAGAGCAAGAUCCAAGACAAGGAAGGCAUCCCUCCGGAUCAACAACGUCUGAUCUUUGCUGGCAAGCAAUUGGAAGACGGCCGUACCCUCUCCGACUACAACAUCCAGAAGGAAUCAACCCUCCAUCUCGUCCUACGGCUUCGCGGAGGUAUGCAGAUAUUUGUCAAGACACUUACUGGCAAGACGAUUACACUGGAGGUGGAAAGCUCAGACACAAUCGACAACGUCAAGUCGAAGAUUCAAGACAAGGAGGGUAUUCCGCCCGACCAACAGCGACUGAUCUUUGCUGGCAAGCAGUUGGAGGACGGACGAACACUGUCGGACUACAACAUUCAGAAGGAGAGCACUCUGCACUUGGUGCUGAGACUGCGUGGAGGUCAGUAA